UGUGCUCUUUUCGCCGACUACUUCGUGUGACCAGGGCCUCGUUGUCCUACAGAGAUAGUAAAUUAUUUUAUCUGCUCAUGUGUAAUAAUGGCAACUAUACUACGAUCAUCAAAGUACUUCCGCAACUUUGCUGAACUUAUAACAAAGCUUAGUUUAUCUCAAGUGAAACAUGAUGCCUGUGUUACUCUUAUCUCUCAAAGGCACUGCAUCGCACCUUCCACAUUAGCCAAGUCUUUAGUUACCCAAGUGGCUGUCAGACAAGUGGAAGGUGACUUUUCUCUUGAUUCAUCCCUGCAAGACGCAGAAUCCGAUGUCGAGAAGUAUGGACGGAUAAGUGAAAGAAAAUUUCAUCGAAUGUUUAAAACAUUCCAAUCUUCGACAUCUAUUACUAGCACUCAAGCCCUUAUGGUGCUACGCUUUUGCGGACAAUUGGUAGAUAAUGAAUUGCCAGAAAUCAAAUCUGAGAUUGCUAAUCAAAUAUGGGAAAGGUUGAAAAAUUCAGGGACUGAAUUGAAAGUAUCUCACUAUAAUGCCCUGCUGUGUGCAUACAUUGAGAACGAGUAUGCAUUUUCACCUGCUGAAGUUUUAGCUGAAAUGGAUAAAGCAGGCAUCGAACCCAAUAAGCUUACAUACCAAAGAAUAAUUACUGGAUAUUGUCAGCAAGGGGAUAUCGAAGGAGCGAGUACAAUAUUAGAGUAUAUGAAAGAAAAAAAUUUGUCCAUAAAUGAGAACAUAUUUACUGCAUUAAUCAGGGGGCACUCUGAAGCAGGUGACAUGAAAAGUGCAGCUGAAAUUUUGUCAAUAAUGAGGACCACUGGCUCUGAACCUUCAGCCGAUGCAUACAAAGAACUUCUUUGCGGCUAUGCUAAACAUGGCGAUAUGGAAUCUAUCACCCGUACGAUUGCAGAGUGCAAGUUAAAACAUAUAGAUCUGUUGAGCACGGAUUAUCUGGAUGUCAUUGAUUCCUUAGUCCGCAAUGGACAUACUCAACAUGUUGAGGCAGUACUUUCUGUAACGCCUAAAGAAGUUGGUUACCUACACGAAGCUUUCGAUCAUAUUUACAAAUUAGUUCAUUCUGGGCACGCAGAAGCCGCUAUGCAAGUAUUACGAUCUAUACCAAUCAUUGAGAGACACAAAAUUAGUUCUGCGCGGGUAAAAAAUUUGGUUAAGGCUGACUUGCCCACUACACAACUCGUCAAUAUGUGUAAAGAAAUUGAAAACAAGGGUAUUUAUUCUGGAGCUCUCUACAUAGGUUUGGAACAUAAAUUAUUACAAAAAGAUGUUGAGGGGAGCUUAGUGUUUUUAAAUAUUCUACGCGAUUCCGGUGAAGAAAUAAGACCACAUUACUUUUGGCCACUGUUUAUUGCACUGAAGUUUUCAGAUAAAGAUAUUCUCAACCUUGUGGAAACCAUCCAAAAGUUAUCAGUAAUAAUCACUCCAGAGACCUUACGUGAUUAUAUUGUACCUUGUAUGAAUGGUACACCUGACGAGAUUUUUAACAAACUAAUUGUGACUGGUGUACUACCAGCUACAAUCGCAUACGCAAUUGUCUACAGUUUCAUCAAGGAUGCAAGGCUCAAAGAAGUAGCUGAUUUCUGUACAAAGCACGAAUUUUCUUAUAAUGUAGAGGUACUUUGUAAACCACUUGUGCAAGCUUUGAAAGCUACAGAAGACACAGAGUCAUUUGUUAGAAUACUUAGUAACAUGUGUGAAAGUACAAUGAAAACAAUGGACGAUGAUGCCCAAAAAAAGACAGUUUACAGUGAUAUCAUCGGUCUUUAUCUUUCUGAGGUCUCAUUUUCAAUAAAAAAGGAUAAACCUAACUUACAAGCUCAAAUUUACAGCGAGCUUUCGAAGGCAGGAUUGGGUAUUGACAAUACUGGACCCUUGUCUGUCUCCCAAAAAUUAGAUUCACAAUCGCCAUCAAAAAUAGAUGGAAAUAGAUUCAUGUCCAGACACAAAUACAAACAUCAGGACGUUCAUUCGGAAAUUAAACAUUUGGAGCGAUCUCUAGUAUCUUUGAACAAAAGUAACAGAAGACCUGUUAAACUAAGGCAUCUUCUAUUUUUAUACAGCCGCGUGGGUGAUAUUGCAAAUGUUGAGAAAGUAGUGAAGGAAUUAAAAGAAUGUGCAUAUUACUUUUCUGAAAGAAUGAACAUGGCACUUGUGAGUGCUUACUGCCAGGCAGAAAUGCUAGAUAAAACUGAACAGUAUAUCUCUGCUCUUAAGGCUGCACAUCCAUCCCAUGUGUUGGACCCAAUGGUCACCAUAAAGUAUAUCACUCUUCUUGUGAAAGCUAAUCGUGUCAAUGACGCAGUACAGUAUAUAGAGAACAUGCCAAAUACUGACACCAAAAACCAUGCUGAGUUCAAGUCACUUUGCUGGAAAGUACUGCUAAGUGUAGCAGAACUGGGGAAUGUUGAAGCUGUUAAUGCAAUAUUUGAUAAGCUUGUGCAAAAAGAGUAUAUACAAAAUACUCCUUCAUAUCUAGGAAUAUUAAUCAAGGUGCACAUUUACAGAAAUGACCUGAAGGGAGCUUUAAAAACGUUUGAAAAAAUAUGUGAGACAUACCGACUUACUCCUUGUCACAGUGAAUUGUCUAAAAAAUUCAUAUUAGCUGAGGAUGCAACGUCUUUGCAACGACUAACUGAUCUCAGUACACAAAUUCACGGUGAAGCUAAUUCUCUGUAUGAACUUGCUCUGAAUUUUAUACAAUGUGAUUGUCUGCGUCAAGCAAAAAGGAUUUUAGAGAUUCCCGCCUUGUUUCCAAAGGUUCAAAAACUAAAAUUGCAAUCUCAAAAAUACAGAGAACUUGGAAAGACACAAGUUCUAGAAAAACUUAUUUCAGUACUGAAAGAUAUACCGCACUUAAAAGCAGUACCAGAAUUUUAUGAUGAUUUGAUACAGUGUUACGACAAAGAAAAUGCCUGGAACGCCGGCUUCAAAUUGUGGCAACAAAUAACAGAACAAGAAAUUGAACCAUCUGAUAGAUUUCUUGCUAUUCUGGCUGAUCUUUUGAAAAGAAACAAUCAACCUGUUCCAUUUGAAGUACCGGUAUCACAAUAUUCCGAAAAAUCUCCCACAGAGCAAAACGCAAAACGACAGUCUGUGAAUAUAACCAGUGAUGGAAGUGCAUAUUCUAAUUCGGAAAUGAAUAUAACGAUGCCACACUACAACAACAGUUCUGUACCGAUACACUCACUACUAGACCAAAGAAAGAUAAAUGAAGCUUAUGAGUUAACCUGUAGUUUCGUAGAAGAAAACCAACAUCCUACCCCUAGAGUGAUCUAUCGUUUGAUUACUGCUAUGAUUGAAACUGGAAACCAUCAUUUGAUCAUGCAACUUAGGAAAAGGAUCAAUGGCAUUAUGAAGUUCAGGUUGAAAUUUGAUCACAAGUUAUGCGCAGCAUAUACAGAAUCAGGGAAAUUGGACAAACUUUUGGAUUUGUUGGAGGAAAGUUUAGAAACAAUUGUUCAAAGGAAUGGUGAGCCACUUAUAAACAGCUAUCCAAAAGUGCUGGCAAAAGACUUAUUAAACAAUAAUCCUGAAUUUCUGGAAAGAUACAUAAAGCUCACUGAAAAAUACGCGGACCAUGGAAUAUUUUUACCAAUAGAAAUAUUGUGGACAGAAUUAUUUGUAAAGCAAAUACCGGAAGCAGAUAGAAUAUGGACGCAGUAUUUAUCGGAUAAGCCAAAUGGGCCGCUUACGUCACUUAUUACAUAUACAAAUGUUACGAAAAAUUCGAAAGUUGUUGAAAAGAUUGCAGAGAUAUUGAAAAAUAAUCCUCAUGUUACUCCGGAUGUAAAGGCAUGGAUAUAUUCUUCAUUAAUUUCGGCAUAUUGUAUGGAACAUAAAUAUGAGGAAUCUAUAGUUGUCUUGCAAAAAGCAAUUGCAGAUGAAAAAGCUGUAGAAUUCAUAAAACCGUCUUUACUACAGAAUUUAAACUAUAAUAUAAAAGCUCAAAACCUAAACCUUCCAGCUGAUGUAUCUGAAAUUAUUGCUAAAGCAAUAAAAAAAACGACGGAGAAACAACAGACAACAUGAUUUGAACAAAACUGUAAAUCAAUAGUGAGAUUGAGGAAACUAUAUUAGUCGAUUCGCACUUUCAAGUGAUGUCGUAGUAUUGCGAGUAAAUGCUUAUAGUUUUUCAGAGAAUUGGAUCAUUGUAUCGUACUGUGAAAAAUGUAAAGAAUUUUCCGUAAUUUUAUUCUUUCCUGCUAAGUUAUGACACUUGUAUAAUAAAUUGAAAAAGCAACCCAUCAUGUAUUUAGGCAUUUGUCAGUGACUAUGUGCAUUUUAUCAAAUCAUCACACUGGGUUCAAACGUAAUUCCUAGUGAAGCACCUAUAUAGAUCGUAAUUUUACUUAUGUGAAAAUCUAAUAAUAAAAUUCUAAAAAUCAUA